UCUCAUUUGAUAUCGCAGUAUACGUAUAGGUACGUUCAUUUCCUGUUUGAAGUUGCACGUUUCAAUAAAGAGGUAGUGUGGUUGUACUUAAUAAAGGUUUUUGUUUUCAAGAAACGUAUAAUGGCGAAUGCAACAACAAAAAAGGUUCAAGAAUACAAGGAUUCUCUUAAGACUAAGGCUGAACAGCUAUUAAUAACAGGAUUCCCAGAAAAGAUUGUUAAAUUAAAUGAAUUGUUGGAAACACCUGAUUUCCGUAACCGUAAAUUGACAGAUGUACACCAAGACUUAAAUGUGCCCAUUCCACAUCCUAUAGUUCUUAAUCAUUCCGAAGAUGGACCUAUUUCAAAAAAAAUUAAAGUGGAUAAUAGUGUGGAUGAGACUAGCGGAACCAAAGUUAUGAUAUUACCUAAUGGACCAGUACCAUGUAAUAAACCUCUAUGUGAAUUAAUUCACGUAGUUAAACCUUAUAUCAGACAACUUUUGGAGGAUUCUAAUCUGUUGAAGAUGUGGAUUUCGUUUUUGAUUCCAAAAAUUGAAGAUGGUAAUAAUUUUGGUGUAUCAAUUCAAGAAGAUACGCUUGCAGAAAUACAGUCAGUAGAAAGCGAGGCAGCUGCAUUCUUCGAUCAAAUAUCUAGGUACUUUAUUUCUCGAGGAAAAAUUGUUAGUAAAGUUGCAAAGUAUCCACACAUCAUUGAUUAUAGAAGAGCUAUCGAAGAAUUAGAUGAAAAGGAAUAUGUGAGUUUGUGGCUUGUAAUGUGUGAAGUUCGUAAUCGCUACUGUUCAUUACACGAUCUUGUCAUCAAAAAUUUGGAAAAAAUCAAAAAGCCACGUUCUUCCAAUGCGCAAUCUCUCUACUAAACAAUAACGAAUAUUCCCUGUAGAUGUGUACAGGAUCAUCAAAGUGGGAAAAGUAAUCGCAUUAAAGGAGCGUGCCUAAAAUUUCAUGAUAGGAGAGAAUAUAAUGUUCAAUCAUUACCAUCCGUGCUAUCAUCAUCUUAGAUAUUGACUAUAACGUCUUGACAUUAGUCCAUCAUUCUUUUUGACCAAUAACAGUACUAUGAAUAAACCACAUAGUUGCCUCACACACAUUACAUUGAAAACAAAAUAUGUUCUAGCUUGUUUAUAUAUGCAGAUAAGUUUAUGUAGCUGAGAUUAUUGUAAACAGUAAUAAGAAAGAGCAUCAAAACCUAAUAUCGUUCUAUACUUUCUUGAUGUUAAUUAAUACAAUAUGGUUCUAUAUUCCAAUCAUUGUUAGAAGAGUGCUCCGAUACACGUAUCACUGAUGUUACACAUUCAGAAUUUUUAUUAGACUUGUUUUUCUUAUUCUUUAUACAGAAGUUUAUUAUUAACGUAUUUAAAUGGUGUGUCUUAUGAAUUUAUAUAAUUAGAUAGAGAAGUUAAAAUAUUUUGAGAAAAAAAUUUCACAUAUUUCUGAUAUGCCCCGAUUUCCAUUGAAAUCUUAGUACUUUAUAUUUGUGAUUGUAAUUAUGCGAAAAAUAAGUUUGGACUGCAAUUCUUCUCCGAAUAUUUUAAAUAUCGUAUUAUACUUAGCAUGAGUUAAUGUAAAUGUUGUAAUUUACAUUAAUAAGAUUUAAAUAUAAAUCUAAAUAGAACAUUUUAAAAAUAAUAAGAAGUCAUUGGUGAUUCGUGUAUCGUUUAUAGUUGUAAAAAGUAGGAUAUGGGAUAAAUAUGUGCAACUUUAAGGUUACUAAUAUUAUGAAUAUAUGCUAUUAUUAAUUCAGUAUUUACAUACAUUCAUUAUCAUGGAUGUAACUUUUGAUUUUUAACUAUUUCAUAUCAUCCGAGGUGUAAUGAUGGAUAAUAUGACAAGAUUGAUGAGAAGAUUUAUUCAAUGUUUUAACAGGCGAUAUAUAUAAACAUUUUAUAUAUCGAUGAUCUCUCCCAUGAGAUUUGUGAAUGUAUUCAAAGCAGCACUACCAGAAUUAUUUAAAUAAAAUUUCUUCAGUAAA